CCGCGCAGUCUCGAGGCGGCGCGGACUUGUGGGGGAGCGUCAGGCAGCCGAGGUGCCCGCAGGAGGCAGGCCGGCCCCGGGCGCGCACGCUCGGCCGAGCCCCGGCGCGCCCUGCGCCCGCGCCUGCUGACAGCUGCAGCUGGGCUCCAGCCGUCCGCUCGCAGCUACUCGGCCUCCGCCCCCUCGGGCUCCCUCCUCUCCGCCCUCACCCCUCCAGCCCCGGUGCGCUAGUUUCGCAACUGCUUGCCUCUCGCCCCGUGCCCGGCUGUUUUCCAUUUCCCGGCCCCUUCUUCCUGAGUAGUUUGCCCCCCGCAUUUGGGGAGAGGGGCUGGAAAGGGGGCAGGGGAGCGUCCAGAGGAGAAGGAACCAAGGGCGGGUGGAGGAGGAGGAAGAAGAGAAUCGCCGGACCUUGGGGAGGCGACCCCACACCACCCUUUCUGGUCAUCUCCCCUCCCGCCCCGCCCCUGCGCACACUCCCUCCCGGGCGAGCUACUUUCGGACGAGGAAAGUGAGGGCGGCCCUGGGUGACAGCGCCGCGGGGCCAGUCCCGGGGAAGCCGCGCGUCUGUUCAAGUCUUGUCUGCCACGCUCCCAGCCAGGGACCGAGGAUGGCUUCGACCACAACCUGCACCAGGUUCACGGACGAGUAUCAGCUUUUCGAGGAGCUCGGAAAGGGGGCUUUCUCAGUGGUGAGAAGAUGUAUGAAAAUCCCUACUGGACAAGAAUAUGCUGCCAAAAUUAUCAACACCAAAAAGCUUUCUGCUAGGGAUCAUCAGAAACUGGAAAGAGAAGCUAGAAUCUGCCGUCUUCUGAAGCACCCCAAUAUUGUGCGACUUCAUGACAGCAUAUCAGAAGAGGGCUUCCAUUAUUUGGUGUUUGAUUUAGUUACUGGAGGUGAACUGUUUGAAGACAUCGUGGCAAGAGAGUAUUACAGUGAAGCCGAUGCCAGUCAUUGCAUUCAGCAGAUCCUGGAGGCUGUGCUACACUGCCAUCAGAUGGGCGUAGUCCAUCGGGACCUGAAGCCUGAGAAUUUGCUUUUAGCUAGCAAAUCCAAAGGAGCAGCUGUGAAACUGGCAGACUUUGGCUUAGCCAUAGAAGUUCAAGGAGACCAGCAGGCGUGGUUUGGUUUUGCUGGCACACCUGGAUAUCUUUCUCCAGAAGUUUUACGUAAAGAUCCUUAUGGAAAGCCAGUGGAUAUGUGGGCAUGCGGUGUCAUUCUCUAUAUCCUCCUGGUGGGAUAUCCACCCUUCUGGGAUGAAGAUCAACACAGACUGUAUCAGCAGAUUAAGGCUGGAGCUUAUGAUUUUCCAUCACCAGAGUGGGACACAGUGACUCCUGAAGCCAAAGACCUAAUCAAUAAAAUGCUUACUAUCAACCCUGCCAAGCGUAUCACAGCCUCCGAGGCACUGAAACAUCCAUGGAUCUGUCAACGUUCUACUGUUGCUUCCAUGAUGCACAGACAGGAGACUGUAGACUGCUUGAAGAAAUUUAAUGCUAGAAGAAAGCUAAAGGGUGCCAUCUUGACAACUAUGCUGGCUACAAGGAAUUUUUCAGCAGCCAAGAGUUUGUUGAAGAAACCAGAUGGAGUAAAGAAAAGGAAGUCCAGUUCGAGUGUUCAGAUGAUGAUAAACAACAAAGCCAACGUGGUAACCAGCCCCAAAGAAAAUAUUCCUACCCCGGCGCUGGAGCCCCAAACUACUGUAAUCCACAACCCUGAUGGAAACAAGGAGUCAACUGAGAGUUCAAAUACAACAAUUGAGGAUGAAGAUGUGAAAGCACGAAAGCAAGAAAUUAUCAAAGUCACUGAACAACUGAUUGAAGCCAUCAACAAUGGAGACUUUGAAGCUUACACGAAAAUCUGUGACCCCGGCCUUACUGCUUUUGAACCUGAAGCUUUGGGUAAUUUAGUGGAAGGGAUGGACUUCCACCGAUUCUACUUUGAAAAUGCUUUGUCCAAAAGCAAUAAACCAAUCCACACAAUUAUCCUGAACCCCCAUGUACACCUGGUAGGUGAUGAUGCUGCCUGCAUAGCAUACAUUAGGCUCACACAGUACAUGGAUGGCAGCGGAAUGCCAAAGACAAUGCAGUCAGAAGAGACUCGUGUGUGGCAUCGCCGGGAUGGAAAGUGGCAGAAUGUUCAUUUUCAUCGCUCUGGGUCGCCAACAGUACCCAUCAAGCCAUCCUGUAUUCCAAAUGGGAAAGAAAACUUCUCAGGAAGCACCUCUUUGUGGCCAAACAUCUAAGGCCUGAAAACCAUUCACAUAUGGGUCUUGUAAGUAACAUCCUGCUCCAUGAUACGUUGUGAAUGGAGCUAAUGACUAAAAAGCUGCAUGGCUGUUUUUUCUUGCCUUUACGGAUAUUUUCUUUUGCAUUAUAUUUGAUGGAAAAUAUAAAAGGUCUUUGAAAACUUAAAGGAUUUUUGCAUGAGCUCUUGAGUCUAAUGUUCAGCCUCGUUUUAGAGCAUAACCCUUGUUUUAAAGGUAUUAAGUGCUGAGAAGAGCCUCCCUUCAGCAUAUGGAUCUUGGCAUUUUCGGAUAUCCUGGAGUUCCUCAUCGGAAGUCCAGUCUGGGUCAAUUCAGACAACUCUCAAUUAUCCAGACCUAAUAUAAGUCAAGCUCUAGGAUUUUUUUGCUCUCUGUUUUUCUAGAGGUAGUCAUUUGUGUUACACACUGGGCUAAGGUUAAUAUAUAAAUUAAUUUGCUAUGCCUGACUAACUAUAAUGGGAUUUGACUAUGAAGACAGGCCACAAGAGGAAGUCAAGCCGAAAUUUAAAACUUACAUAGUGGGUAAUUCCAGAGGAUAAUUGAAAGUUGACUGUAAAUUCAUGCCUGUGUUGUUUUUUAAGAUUUGUUUCUUAACUUGGAUUAAGAUUCAGAUAUGUGUGCUAAUAUUGUGAAUAUCUCCUCCACUCAAAGCACUGAACCUUGUCAGAGCUUUUAAGAAAUAGUGCUCCCUGCUGUUGGAUUAAAAAACAGAAAGAGACCUCCAAUUAAAUAAUAAUAUGUUUUCCCUACUUUUGAGACUGUAUUCCUCAUUAAAUGGACUUCCAGGUUUAACUUCCCAAGGAGUCUAAGAAAAAUGACAAAAGCUAAGAAUGCACUUAAACUUCUCACUCUUUCAACAAAAUGAUAUGUUUAGUAAACAUGAAUGCUUACAAUGCAUAUUUAAGUUCAAUAAUGUGAUUGAAGCCUGGGUUCCUGUUUCUAUUUUCAGCUUAGCUCUGUGUGGACAAGUUGAUAGAUAACUAAUAUUGUUUCCUAUUUUAAUAUUGUCUCUGUUUAAGAUUGUGUAUUUCAUCUUUUAAUGAUCACAAGCAAAGAUCUUUUAUACAGUUGUAUUUUUGAUCUAUUUAGCUGAGUUACAAAACUAUAGCCUGGUCACAUCUUUGGCAAAACAAUUUGACAAUAUUUUGUAAAACAAUAUAACUUAUUUCUCGCUCCCCCCCCCUUUCUUUCAGCUAAAUAUCAACAGUGCCACUUCUGCAUUCUCUGUUCUCAAGGCACCUGGAUGGUAACCCUGGGCCGUCCUUUCCUCCUCUUCAUGCAUGUUUCUGAGUGCAUGAAGUUGUGAAGGUCCUACGUGUAAUGCAUAUGUGAUGCACCAUCUUGUCAUAUAUUCCUUCCUAUACAUUGUUUACACUUGCACUAUGGGGAUGUUCCAUGCAAACUUCAAUUACUGUUGGCAAACAAUAGGGGGAGGUCAGACAAAAAAAAAAAAUUCCACAAUAUUCCAAGUACAACCUACUCAUCAAGUUUCUGUUUAUGCCAAGAUACAACAGACUUCAAAAUUAUUCUCUGAAUGACAAUUUGUAAGAGAAAUGUAAAUUUUUAAAACUCUUUGCUGUUAAUCAGUUUUGGGCUUAUUUAACAAAAAGCAAAAAAAAAAAAAAAAUAUAUAUAUAUAUACCUUCGGUUUUGUGGUGUGAUCCUGGUUGAAAUUGCUGUCUAACAAAGUAGGUUAAUAUGUGGGUAAAAUCACUCAUGAAUGUGGAAAUGAGAAUCAGUUGGUUUGCUACCAUCUAAAGUCAUGUUGUUUUUGGUCAAACUGUAAACUGGAAAAAUUCACAUAAUUUAUGAGUGAUCACUUUAAGAUAUAUUUACACUUUUGGUGAAUUCCUUUCUCAAAUAUGUGCUCUCUUUUCUCCAUUUGCUCUUACUCAUUGCUGUUUGCUUUUUCUCCA